GCUCAUCCAAGUCUUUAUUUACAGUCGCUGAAGAGAACAGAAAACAGCAGCAACAUGAAGGCACCAGCAAUUGGUAUUGACCUGGGCACCACCUACUCCUGCGUGGGCGUCUGGCAGAACGGAAAGGUGGAAAUCAUCGCCAAUGACCAGGGCAACCACACCACCCCCAGCUAUGUGGCGUUCACGGACACCGAAAGGUUGAUCGGAGACGCCGCUAAGAACCAGGUGGCGAUGAACCCGAAAAACACAGUCUUCGACGCGAAACGCCUGAUCGGACGCAAGUUCGAUGACCCCAAGAUCCAGGCGGACAUGAAGCACUGGCCCUUCAAGGUCGUCAGCGAGAACACGAAGCCCAAGCUGCAGGUGGAGUUCAAGGGCGAGGAGAAACGCUUCAACCCUGAGGAAAUCAGCUCGAUGGUCCUGACCAAGAUGAAGGAGACGGCCGAGGCGUACCUGGGCACCACCAUUAAGGACGCCGUCAUCACUGUUCCUGCGUACUUCAACGACGCUCAGCGCCAGGCGACAAAGGACGCCGGCGCCAUCGCAGGUUUGAACGUCCUGAGGAUCAUUAACGAACCAACGGCCGCUGCCCUGGCGUACGGCUUGGAUAAGAACCUUAAAGGCGAGAAGAACGUCCUCAUUUUCGACCUUGGAGGCGGUACCUUUGACGUCAGCAUCCUGACCAUCGACGAAGGGUCCCUGUUCGAGGUCAAGUCAACUGCGGGAGACACUCACCUGGGCGGUGAGGACUUUGACAACCGGAUGGUCAGCCACUUCAUCGAGGAGUUCAAACGCAAGCACAAGAAGGACCUGAGCAGCAACCCCAGGGCCCUGAGGAGGCUCCGCACCGCCUGCGAAAGGGCAAAACGCACCCUGAGCAGCAGCUCUGAGGCCAGUCUCGAAAUCGACUCGCUCUUCGAGGGCAUCGACUUCUACACCAAGAUCUCGAGGGCCAGGUUCGAAGAACUCUGCUCCGACCUGUUCAGGUCGACCCUGGUCCCCGUGGAGCAGGCCCUGAAGGACGCUAAAAUGGACAAAAACCAAAUCCACGACGUCGUCUUGGUCGGAGGCUCGACCAGGAUCCCGAAGGUCCAGAAACUGCUGCAGGACUUCUUCAACGGCAAGACCCUGAACCUGUCCAUCAACCCUGACGAGGCCGUCGCCUACGGAGCGGCGGUGCAAGCGGCCAUCCUGAGCGGCGACAAGAGCAGCCAGAUCCAGGACGUGCUCCUGGUGGACGUGGCGCCGCUGUCGAUGGGCAUCGAGACGGCCGGAGGGGUGAUGGCCAAGAUCAUCGAAAGGAACACCCGCAUCCCUUGCAAGCAGCAGCAGACGUUCUCCACCUACUCGGACAACCAGCCCGCCGUGACGAUCCAGGUGUUCGAAGGCGAAAGGUACAUGACCAAGGACAACAACCUCCUGGGCACCUUCGACCUGACCGGAAUCCCUCCGGCUCCGAGGGGCGUGCCGAAGAUUGUGGUCACCUUCGACCUGGACGCCAACGGCAUCCUCAACGUCUCGGCCAAGGACGAGAGCUCGGGCAACAGCAAGAACAUCACCAUCAAGAACGACAAAGGGCGGCUGUCCAGGGAGGAGAUCGAACGCAUGGUCGCCGACGCCGAGAAGUACAAGGCCGAGGACGAGGUGCAGAAGGCCCGCAUCGAGGCCAAGGCCAAGCUCGAAGGCUACGCCCUGCAGGUCAAACAGGCCGUCCAGGACGCCGCAGACAAACUGUCUCAGGAGGACAAGGACAAGGUGACCAAGCUGGCGGAAGAGACCCUGAGCUGGAUCGAUAACAACAACCUGGCCGACAAGGAGGAGUUCGAGCACCGCUACGAGCAGCUCAACAAGGAGUGCAUGCCCAUCAUGAGCAAGAUGUACCAGCAGCAACAGCAACAGGGCGGAGGCCCCCAGCCCUUCCAGUCGUGCGGACAGCAGGCCAGUCAGGGUGGCCGCGGCCAGGGUCCUACCAUCGAGGAGGUCGACUAAUUCAAAUUCCUGAUUUCUGUGUAUAUAAAUUCACGAGAGAAAUAUGAGACUUGAACCAUUCCUUUUCAUUAUUAUAGAUGAUAAGUGUGUAUAUAGAUGAAAAACUUCAUUU